AUGGAUUGCCCAAUCAACCUUCGGCUUAGCCUCCUCGAACCUUCAGUCUACAAUACAUCUCUUCUUUCACAAAUCAUGCCCCCUACGAGGCUACAAUACAUUUUCAUGUUCUUCAGCGUCUCUACGAGAAUAUUUACUCCAACAGUAGUUACAGUUAUCGAUAUGGAAAGGAACUGUAAGCCGGAGCAUUCCGCCCAGAACAAAGGCUUUACCCGAGACUUUGCUAUAAAUCACUCUAUUUCGAUGAUUUGGCUCUGGCCUUACGCCCCAUUACCGACGCACCUGAAAUGUGGAGCUCAAUUGACUAGGCGAGGCCUUUCGAGAGAUCCUAUUGAUGAGGGGUUUCUAGCAAAUUUGAUCACGUACCAUUAUAAAAUGUCUGAUAUCAAUGCUAUCAAUUUUUUGGAACCUUGCUGGAAAUCACUUUGCAUUCGGUUGUGGAAGCUCUUUGAGAACGCACCAAGAGUCGGCAUUACCUACGAGAAAGCCUCCUAUAAGUAUAGCCUCAAAUCGCCCGGGUUUACCUGCGCCUCAGAUACAGAUGAAUAUAGGGAUAAAAUAAUAUAG